AAAAAUGUUCAAAGCAAAACCCCCAUUAUCUAAUUUCUAAUAAUAUCAGUAGCAGAUUCGAAGCCAAGCAAGCAACGACACACGAUUAGAAAGCAAACCCACAGUUAAAAAAAGUUAGUUGGACAAGCAAUAAAAAAUCAUGGGUUCCCGUGGAGCAAAUGUAAUGCUGUCAAGGGCAAGUAGGAUCAAGUCAAAGCUUCAAUCAGUGCUAGAGGCAAAGGUUUUGGAAGUGGAGGAUGUGUCAUAUCAGCACGCGGGUCAUGCUGCUGUUAAGGACAACACAAAUGAGACUCAUUUUAAUGUGAAGGUCGUUUCUGGCAAGUUUGAUGGGCAGAAUCUUGUAAAACGACACCGUAUGGUUUAUGAUGCAUUGGCAGAUGAGAUGGAAUCGGGUUUGCAUGCACUUUCGAUUGUUGCAAAGACUCCUAAAGAAGCUGGCCUCAAUUGAAAAGGUUAAAAGAUAAAGUUCACGACUCAUUUAUGCAUUUUUAUCCAGUUAUUAGUGGUUACUCAUUGGUCAGUACUUGUAAAGUUUGCAAAUGCUAAAAGCUGAAAUAAACAGAUACUAUAUUCGUUUGUGUUC